AUGGCUGUAGCAUACCGGGAGCCUCUCUUUGAGACAGUGGGGAAGCGCAUGGUCGUCACAGGCUGUGCUCUGAUGCUAAUAAUUGGUGGUGUUCCAGCUUUGGCCACUGUGCGCUUCCUGCUGUCUGCUGGGCCCACCUUGGCAUACAUCAACGUGGAUGUGGUGCCAGGUGUGAUCAUAGCUGUUGGAGAGCAGCUUCUGUCAGACAAUUUAGACUGUCAGAACAAGGAAAUAGGCCCAGACUACAUAAAAGAUCACUUGCCUAAAGUUCACCAGCAUACCGCCUACAUAGGAGAAAAGCGGCCAGCAUUAGAGAAAACUGGAGAUCUCAGAUAUUUGUGCAGGUCUGCCUCGAGCAGAAGCCUGCCAGCAAAAUAUAAACACGAGUACACUGGUGGAAUUGGUUGGGGGAUACCAGAGUACAAUUUCAUCAACAGAUCAAGAAUGGAGAGCGGCUUUCAGAUCAAGUAUGGCGAAAUAAGUCAUUGUGCAAUUGAUAAACUAACCCACCGUUACCAAAACCCUUGGCAACCGAAGCCUUUUGUCCUGGAUAAGCAGGGAGGAUAUAGUCGUGGUUUUCUUGCUUGGAAUAUGAGUGAUUACGAAGACACACAUGAGAGAAACUCCAAGCGGGCUAUUCUCAUUAAACAGAGUAAGUUACUAAGGACCACCCUGCCCUCCAGGCUGCCCAAGCUGCUGAGGAAGGAAGAGAAGGUAAGCUGCCAUCUUUCUGAAUCAUCCCUAGAAAAGUCACAUUGCAGACUAGAGCGGGGCAUUUGCUUUAAUAGUUUCACAGCUCCUUUCUACCUAUCAAACCAGACUGUAAUCCAGGUUAAAUUUCCUCUGUAA